AUGAUCCCCUCCGAACGCAUAAUACCGGAAGAGUAUCGCGUCAACUCACAAAUGAUCAACAAACUGAUCAAACAAAACAAAGAUCUUACGCAACAAUUGGACCGCAAGCAGGACGAAAUCGACCGCAUGAACGUCUUGAUCGGGUCCCUCAGAGGCAAGCUUAUCAAAUACACAGAGCUGAACAAGAAGUUGAGCCAACAGAGUACCAACAACAACAACAACAACAACAACAACAACAAUGGCGCGGCAACUACUACCCGUCAUCAGUCGCAGGAAUCAGGUAUUCCGUCCCCGACUUUUUCGCCCGUUGACGUUUUGCAGGUGAACAAGACGCGUGCGAAGGACUCCACCGCCUCGGCAGCUCGGGCUUCUCAGCUGGAGACUCGCAUCAGUGACAUAUACUCUAAGCUGGAUGCUCUCACAACGUUGAUGACUAACUCGAUUGGCGAGAGCGCGGCAAACUUGGCCCACUCUAACGUUGGCGCUCGCCAAGCCCACACAAGACCCAAUUCGUCCUCUACCUCGACGGACUCGGUGCUACACCGCUCUUUGCAUGCAGCCUCCGAAGACGAGAUCCUGACGCAAGAAAGCGCUGAGCUCAAGUCCCUAGAGGGUCAGAUCGAUCUACUCAAACGCAAGCUUCUGAUCAAGCGUGAAAAUGAACUACGAAAGCUCUCACUGAAUAAGGAACUUCUGGACCUAAUGGACAAACUGGACAUGUCGAAACCCACACUGCCGACCCACACAACUGUUGACACUGCUCCACACUCGGAAGCGACACCUCCGCAUUGCGACCAAUGCCAUAAAACGGCAACUUCCCCCACUGCAGCGAAUGGCAGAUCCCACACCCACGCUCCCAACUCCAGCAAUUUCAAGAACCCGCCCUACAUGUCAAUGGCACAGGCCUUAGAAACACCCACACCAGCACAUCGGUCCACCAAGAGUAACAACGACACACUGUGGUAA